AUGGGCUCCAUCGUCCCCGACUCUAUUCAUGAGCAAUUGGCUCAAUGCCUGUCCAAACAUGAGGAUCUCCUUUGGAAUGUAAACCAAGGAAUCCAUAGUCACCCAGAACUCUGCUACGAAGAGGUUUACGCCCACGACACACUUUGCAAGGCCCUUGAGGACCUCGGAUACAAAGUGACUCGCCAUGCAUACGGCUUAAAGACUGCCUUUGAAGCUGAAUUCGGAACCGGGGGUGCCCUGAUUGUGUACAAUGCUGAAAUGGACGCGCUUCCUGGUAUUGGGCACGCCUGCGGGCACAACCUGAUCGCCACCUCUUCCCUAGCUGCCUUCCUGGUCACCGCAGAAGCCUUGCGUGCUGAUGGUGGAGAGGGACGGGUGCGCAUCCUGGGCACUCCGGCAGAAGAAGAUGGCGGCGGAAAGAUUGAUCUGAUCCGAGCUGGUGCUUACAAAGGAGUGGAUGCCUGUCUGAUGGGUCAUCCAGGACCAGGAAAAAAGUCCGUACCGCUCAACGGAGUUGCCUGUGGUAAAUGUAUGGCUCGUGCGGGCGUGACGGCAACAUUCAAAGGUGUCAACGCCCAUGCUGGAAAUGCUCCUUGGCUAGGUCGGAAUGCGUUGGAUGCCGCAGUAGCGGCCUAUAAUAAUAUUUCCAUGCUGAGGCAGCAGAUCACCCCGAAUCAGCGUGUUCACGCCAUUAUUUCCAAGGGUGGCGAGCGACCAAACAUCAUUCCUGAUCUGACUGAGAUCGAGCUUUACGCUCGUGCAGAGACCAGUACGGAUUUAGAAGAUACUUGUCAGCGACUCAUUGGUUGUUUUGAGGGCGCGGCUAGAGGUGCUGGUUGUACUGUUGAAUUGAAAUGGUCGCAAAGCUACAAAGAGCUUCGUCCCAACUCAAGCAUUGUGCAGAAGUUUUUCCAAGCCACCGGGGCACAAGGACAGAAAUACCUGGAAAGCUCUCCGCACGUGAGUGGUGCUUCUACAGAUCAAGGUUCGAAAUCUUCCGCAUCAACGUCUUCAAGUUUGAUUCGGUGUCUUACUAGCAUUAUAGGCAACGUCUGUUUUGAAGUUCCCUCUUUGCACCCCGGCUUCCUCAUUGAGGUUGAUUCGCCUGAUAUUGGACCUCAUCAUCCUGGUUUUGAAAAGGCCGCUGGAACACGCUCGGCGUUUGAUUCUUGUCUUCUGUUCGCCAAGGCAUUGGCCGCUACUGGAUUCGAUAUUUUGAAGAAUGAGGAGUUGAGAAACCAGAUUUGGUCCGAACACAAGAGGGAAUUUGGGAAUGAGACGCAGGGUUAA